AUGUACGGCCUCAAGCAACUCGCCCUGCUAAGCUUCAUGCUCCUAACCGUCUCCGCCAAGGAUCCAAACAAGACGAUGGUCGGUUUGGAGACUUCAGAGCGCAGCCACGGCGUCGAUGUACCUAUUGAGGAUUGCCACGAGCUCGACGAGGAGGAGGUGUUUACAAUCUCGGUCAAGAAGUACUGCCGAGUUUUCACCGGCCCACAAUGCACCGGCCGAAACACCGUCCUCAGCCCCGGCGAUCACUCAAACGACGACCCCGUUCCCAUCACAUCCAUCUACUGCCAUGCCAAACGCCCAUACUAG